CGCUGAAGCGCUUAUUUGUAACUCUAGGAGCGAUAAUGUUCCCGUGCGCGGCUAUUGACGUGUUGGACUACCUUCCGAUUUGAGCGUAAUUGUAACAUUUCCCGGAUCGGCUACGUUAACAAUCCACCCUCACGAUGGCUGACGCUGACAUUCUGCUCAUGGAGACUUCGGAGCAAAACGGUAACGAGGGCGACGAGGACCAGAAUGACGACGCCGCCGCCGAAGCCGAGCUGAUGGCCGACGACGAUGCAGACGGCGGCAAGAUUGACGCCAGCAAAAGUGAAGAGGAUGCAGGCAAAAUGUUUGUUGGCGGCCUGAGCUGGGAGACCAACAAGAAGGACCUCAAGGACUACUUCAGCAAGUUCGGCGAGGUGUCGGACUGCACCAUCAAAAUUGACACGGCCAGCGGGCGCUCCCGCGGCUUCGGCUUCGUGCUCUUCAAAGACUCCGCCAGUGUGGACAAGGUGCUGCAGCAGAGCCAGCACAAACUGGACGGCCGCCAGAUCGACCCCAAGCGGGCCCUGGCCAUGAAGAAGGAACCCGUCAAGAAGAUAUUUGUAGGCGGUUUGAACCCGGAAGCCACUGAGGAAAGCAUCAGGGAACACUUCGGAGCCUUUGGAGAGAUCGAAACCAUCGAGCUUCCCCUGGACCCCAAGUCGAAGAAGAGGAGGGGCUUCAUCUUCAUCACGUACAAAGAGGAAGCCAGUGUCAAGAAGUGCUUGGAGAAGAAGUUCCACAACAUUGAGGGCGGAAGGUGCGAGCUGAAGAUCGCCCAGCCCAAGGAGGUGUACCAGCAGCAACAACAACAACAACAGCAGCAGCAGCAGUACGUAGGAGGACGCGGCGGAGGCUACGGCAGCCGAGGAGGUCGCGGCCGCAGCGGGGGCCAGAGCCAGGGCUGGAACCAGGGCGGCUACGGAAGCUACUACCAGGGAUACGGCGGCCAAGGCUACGGCGGCUACAGCAGCUAUAGCGGCUACGGCGGCUACGACUACCCCUCCGGUGGCUACUAUGGAUACCCUGGAUAUGACUACAUUGACGAUGAUGCUGUGUUGCCAGGCCAGGGCAGCGCCAGUUACGGCAAGGCUCCCAGACGGGGCCACCAGAGCACCUACAAGCCAUACUGAUGCGCGCACCUCGGGAGGAUCCAGCCAAAAAAAACGGCCGACUGGACAAAAGCGACUCCUUUUAUGACAGAAGACCAUUUGUACAGAAAACAUCAGAAAUGUAACUUUUUUUUCCCUUUUUUUUUUUUUUUUUAAUUGUAUGCUUUCAUUUUUUAGGUUUUAUUUUCCUUCUGUUUUGUUUUCCCUCCCCAACAUUUCCAUUGAAAGGAAGUGUGAUUUUACUGUACUUUUUGGUACCUGUUUUGAUUCUAAUGUAUUGUAAGGGUAUUUUACAUGUCAGCUGGCUUUACAGGUUUGGAUGACUUACUUGGUGCUGUAAAGGAGCUUUUUUUUGACAAAUAAAGAGAAAGAUUCACAGA